AUCAUAAUGUCUAAACUUUUUUGUGUAACUCUUCUAAUGUUUGUUACAGCUUUUCUGAUCCAAAAUGCAUCCGCUGGUGGAGAAGGUUCACUUCAACCUAAUGAUUGCAACGCUGCGUGUGACUUCCGUUGUUCAAAGAAUGAAUACAAGGAAGAAUGUUCAUCAUACUGCAACAUAUGUUGUGAAAAAUGUUUGUGUGUGCCAUCUGGAACAAGUGGCAAUAAGGAAGAAUGUCCAUGUUAUAACGGAGGACCCGAUUGUCCUUAAUCUAUUUAUUUUCAUGUUAAAACUAUUA